GUGCGGGGCCGGGGGGGUCCCGGGGGCGAUUUUGGGGGUCCCGGGGAGAAUCCGGGGGUGCGGCAGAGCCUGGAAGGGGGGGGGGGGGUCCCUGGGGGUGGUCAAAUUCCUUUAACUCCCUCCUGCCCAUCGCAGGGGCCAUGGCUGGGGCCGAGCGGGACCCGCACGGGAGGGGCGAGGAGGAGGAGGAGGAAGAGGAGGAAGAAAAAGAGGAGGAAGAGGAAGAGGAGGAAGAAAAGGAGGAGGAAGAGGAAGAGGAGGAAGAAAAGGAGGAGGAAGAGGAGGGUCCCGAGUGCUCCCCCGCUGCCGAAGCCCCCUCAGACCCCCCCCCGAAGCCGGUGGUGCCGGGGGUCCUUUAUUUGUCCUUCCUCCCCCCGGGCUUCGGGCCCCGCCAGGCCCGGGCGCUGCUGCGGCCGCACGGGGAGCUGGGCAGGGUCUUCCUGCAGCCCCGCGGAGGCUCCGUGCGGCGGCGGCGGCAGCGCCCGGGGGGGCCCCCGGCCGUGGCGUUCGCCGAGGGCUGGGUGGAAUUUCGGGACAAGCGAGCGGCCAAACGCGCGGCCAAAAUCCUGCACGGGGCCCCCAUGGCCCCCCGGCCCCGCAGCCCCUUCCGCCAUCACUGCUGGAGCAUCAAGUACCUGCCGGGGUUCCGGUGGCCUCACCUGAGCGAGCGCCUCAGCUACGAGCGCCAGGUGCGGGCGCAGCGCCUGCGGGCCGAGGUGGCGCAGGCCAAGCGCGAGGGGGGGUUCUACGCCCGCCGCGCCUCCAAAGAGCCCCCCAAAACCUCCGGAGACCCCGCCGCCCCUUCCCCGACCUGGGGCUUCGCCCAAAGGCCGACCGAGGAGGAGAUCUGGCGGCGCAAAGCGAGGCCCCCCCCGGCCGCGCCCCCCCAGCGGCUGCUGGAGAAGGUGUUUGGCACGGGGAGGUGAGACCCUCCCUCAAAUUUGGGGGGGCCCAGGUGUGUGGGAGGGGCCCUUGGCACGCCAGGGCCCCCUCCGGACACCGAUCCCUUUCCCGAGGACCACGGAAUGUUUUAUUUUUCUCCUUAAAACUUUUAUUACUUUUAACAAAAAUAAUUCCUCGCGGUCUCUUUAAA